AAUGGCGUCUAAUAUUGAAGCCAGGUUGCGGAAAUAUCGUCAGGGAUUUGAGAAAUGUAUGAAAGAUCCAUCUAUUGUUUCUCUCCUUGCUGCAAACGCUAUCAUAUCUGACGAGGAUGCUUCUAGGAUAAAGCAUUUUUACAUAGAAGGGCAGUCAAUACGGGCGUCCAAAGAGUUGUUAGACGCAGUUUUCAAUUCAGAGGCUCUUGGAAAAUGGCAAUCAUUUAUAGAUUCCCUUGACCAUGCAGAUUAUCCGUUUUUGAAGCAACUGUUGUCAGAACAAACCACAUAUGAUGCAUUUUCAUCCAAGCAUGCUCAGACAAUCAUCUGUGUGUUUACACCAAAUCUUGAAAAAUCGAUAUGUGCAAAGGAGUUUGUGUCAGAGUUGAUGGCGAGAGGUGUACUAAACAAGACAGAUGUAGAUAUUAUCCUUAAAACAUACGAAACAAAGGGCGAUAUAUAUUCAACAAUGAUUCUCCUAGAUAGGAUGCAGUGUAGACAGGCACCUCAAAAAUGGUAUUAUGAGUUUCUGGAUGUACUGAUGAAGAAGGAUUGCCAGCAUAUAGUGAAAGAAAUAGAACCGGACUUUAUUAAAAAUCCUUCAGCAUAUAUGCCAAAGCUGGGUACAAUCGUAUCAAAUAGCACAGAGAAGGUUAUGGUUAGUCAAAGAAAAUAUUUUGAUGACGAACAAGGUGCUUGUGGAUCAAUACAUGAACAUAUUCUUGAAGACACAGGGGAAGGUUACGAAGAUACAAAUGACUUGGGAGCACCAACAUCACUUCCUGAAAAGCACAAUUCUUUCCUGAAAUCAAACGAGUGCCAAAUCGACAGCUUAGAUACGAAUUUAAAGGAGCUUAAUAUUAAACCUGAUAUGUCAAAAUCUCUUCCGAUUGCAGUAGAGACAUACCAACGGCAAAACAGCAAGCCUGGGAAGACUGAAGAAUAUAAUGCUGGUCCUGAUAAUUGUGAAGGAGAAGAAGAUGAUGAUGAAGAUUCAAUGGGUUCUGACUAUGAUAAUGCAGAAGUUGAGGCAAAGGCAUUGGCUUCGCACACAGCAGCUCCAUUUCAAUUGCGCGAAUAUCAAUUAGAACUUGCAGAAAAUGCAGUUCUUGGAAGAAAUACAAUUAUAUGUGCAGAAACAGGAUCCGGUAAAACAUGGGUUGCUUUGCAUAUCGUACAACAGCAUUUACAAAAUGCUAUGAACGGUCCAAGGAAGGUAGUGUUCAUGGCAAGGACUGGGGCUUUAAUCAAACAACAAUCUGACAGGUUUAAAAAUUAUCUUCCACAAUUUCAGACCCGUUUAAUAACAGGAGAAGAUGACGAAUCAAGGAUGUUAAACAUUUUUUUAGAAAAUUACGACAUACUAUGUUUCACACCUCAAAUUCUAGUGAAUAAUCUAGAAGACAACGUCAUAAAAAGUUUAUCAGAAUUUUCCUUGUUGAUACUUGACGAAUGCCACCAUACGAGAGGAGAUGGGCCUUACAGUACGCUAAUGAGAAAAUAUCUAGUGGAAAAAUCCAAAACAAAAAAAGAAAUGCCACAGGUAGUAGGUCUGACAGCCUCUAUUGGCGUGGGCAAAUCUCGAACAGAUCAGGAGUCGGUUGAUUACAUUCUUAGGGUAUGUGCUUGUCUGGACGUGAGAAUAAUUUCAACAGUAGAAAGAAAUUUUAAAGAAUUGAAGAAACAUGUCAGCAUUCCUGAUGAGGAAACAAUACAGCUUGUUAAGCAGAAAGAUGAUCCUUGUAAACAUCUUAUAUUGACUGCAAUGGAAGAAACGGAAGAUAUGCUACAAGAUAAUUCAUUGAUGCAACCUGAUAUGAUUGAUCUCAUGGACAAGCAGCCACGUGACCGAGAGUCGCAAGAAUACAAUAAAUGGACAGUUGAUGUAAUGAGAGCUGCACUUUUGAAGGUGGAUGACUAUGAUGUGUCCAGAGAUAUAAGUAGUUGUGCAAAAUACUUGAAUAUUUACAACUCCGCCUUAGAGGUUAAUAAACUCUUGCUAUCGAGAGAUGUCAUUAAGUAUUUGGCUGAAAAACACAGACUUGAAGGGGAAAACAAAGACAAACUUACUGAGAUGGAAAAGGAACUAUUCAGAAAUCUGCAAAAUGUGCAGAAAACAAUAAACGUUAAAGGGAAAAACACAGAAAAUCCAAAUGUGAGGAUUUUGAGCGACACCUUAAGUAAGAUGAUGAUAGAAAAAGGAGACAAUUCAAGAGCAAUGGUUUUUGUGAAGGCAAGGGCUACUUGCAGAUCUCUUGCUGCAUUUUUGGACAGGGAUCUCCAGAGUAGUGGAGCUAAAGCGAGUCCAUUAUAUGGAAAGGAAAAUCGUGGUGGAGAUGACGGAAUGACAGAAAGUCAACAAACAGAGAUAUUAGACAGGUUUCGCAGUGGAUUCUUCAAAGUACUAGUAUGUACAUCUGUUGGGAAUGAGGGUAUAGAUGUUCCUGAUUGUAAUAUUGUUCUUAGUUACGAGUAUUCCGGAGAUGAAAUAACAAAAAUACAAAUGAAAGGUCGUGCUCGUAAGAAAAAAGCGACAACAAUCACUAUGGGAAGUAAUAAAGUAGUAGAGCAAGAAAUGAUCAAUACAUACAAAGCUGCAAUGAUGUAUAGGGCAAUGAUAAUUGUCAAACAGUUGGAUCCAAAAUACAUCAAUAUGAAAGUCAAUGCCUUCCAAAGUGAAGAAACACAUAAAUACAGAUUUAAAGCAGAAGUUGAGAAGUUGAAAAAGGGAAGGAAGUCUGAUGAAAAUUACGCGAUUUUGUGUGGAAGAUGCAACACUUUUGCUUGUUAUGUCUCAGAUGUAAGGCAGCUCGGACAUGAUCAUAUCGUAAUUGAUAAAGAUUUCGCUGACAAGAUUACAAGAAAAGAACACAAGAAGCCGAAAACAUAUGACGGCCUACACAAAAAAUACAAGAUGAUUUGCAAGAAAUGCCCAAUAGACUGGGGUAUAAUUGGACUAAGAGAUGGCUUAGACUGCAUGAUCCUAAAAAUCAUCAAUUUCAAGUUUAGGAAUUUGAGAACACAUGGCGUGAGUACCUACAAGAAAUGGAUCGAUGUACCGUACGAUGUUCCUGAAAUAAAGUUGGAAGAUCUACCAAGAUUGCUAGGAGGUCCAGAGGAAUUAUAAUUGUUCGUGUAAAAGACGAAAUAAAAAUUAAGAUUUUUAACCACUUAAGUAGUUAAAUUUCGGGAUGACAAGUAUUUAUAAUAUCUUUAAUGUAGGGUUAUAAAUGUAUUACAAUGUUAAUGAAUAUUUAAUGUUUUUCUUGUUUUAAAAGUUAUUGUCUACCAUGUCAUAAUUCAAAUAUUGUUUCAUUUGUUAUUAUUUGUUAUUAAAUGUAUGUCCUUGUUUGAAAAAAAAUGAAAAGGAAUUUUUAGAUCCAUAUUGUAGAUAUUGAUUAUAACUUUAAAUAAAUUAUAGAUAUUAUGUUUUUGAAAUGAUUUUGAAAUAGGAUUUAGUUCAUGUAUAUUUGUUGCUUACAAGUGUUUAAUUUGUGAAACAGCUUUUUGUAUAUUGCUCUAAUAAUUUUUUUAGCACUGAAUGGAAAUUAAAAUAAAUUUGGUAAAUACAUUUUUCAAUAUUCAUGAUCAUAGAAUUUGAAUUUAGUGAUAUUAGUUAUUUGGAUAUCAGACAGGUUAUUUAAUUGCUCAGUAUAAACGGUUGAAAUAUUAUAUAAAAGCGAUGUUUAUGUUGUAAACAACGGUUUUUACAAGUCAUGAACCAUGUUAGACAUCGUUAUAACAAAUUGAUAAAAAAGAGAAUUGCUAUAUUUGAGGUUAACGAAAAUUACUUAAUAAAUAGACACUAGUGGUGAAGAAAGAUUAGAUAAAUAGAAGCGACGUUACAAACGUUCAGUACAUAUAAUACAUACCAUGUAAUACAUACUGUACCUUCUCGGGCAAAAGUUACCGUUAUUGAGCAAGUAUGUACUUGUUAGUCCUGAAUUUCUGGCUUUCAAAUAAUUUUGUAUAUUAAUUGGUAUCAAGAUUACACUCUAUACAAGAGUGUUCAUGUCGUGGUGCAACACCGUACUCUCCCCCUCCCCCGAUUACAGAAAUAAUUACGUUGUAUUCAAAUUCGUUUAAUUCACGAUUACUUUCGAACCUCGAGAUAAAUUACUGAAGACUAUUUAUGAUAAUUAAAAUCGGCGUACAAACAAACAAAACAAACUUACAAAACGUUUAAAGUUGUAUUAUUUAGUUACUAUUGCUGUUUGAUUUUAUGCCUUCAUAAAACUUAGUGUGAUUAGAUGGUGACGUUAUGUCGAUUAAAGUGUAAAUGCUGAUUGUCAAGGUAAGAAUCUAAAAUUGCAAUUUUCCAUAAUGGUCUUUAAUUUUGGAUUCCACUUCGCAAAAGUAAUCAAGAACUCACGGGCUAAACGGUUAUUUCUAUAGAAUCCAUUAUAAAAUAUAUUGCUAACGUAAGCUUGAUUAAUAAAAGGGUGGUACAGGUUAUUUUUAUAUUUCAUACUUAAUAUAUGUUAUCAUAAUUUAUCAGUAAGUCUACCACAAUUGUACAGGUCAAUCAGACUGAACUAAUCAGAUACAAUUAAUAAAUAGCACACGCAUACAUAUAUACAAAGUAUAUCGAUUCAAAGUGAAACUUGAAAUUUUAAUUUAACCAUCUUGUGUUGUGUUGCUUUAACGAUGUUAACGGAUAUUCACGUCGAAAUUGUUUCUCCAUUAAUCGUAUAGCUUCAUUUCAUUGAGAAAUAAAAUUUGGUAAAAAUUACUGAAUUUAUUGAAAAUGUUCAUACUUUUGUACAUGCAAAUGAUAGCGAUUUAUGUAAUCAAACCUAUAUUAAAAAAACUAUAUGAAUAUUUCUAUACUAUUUCGGGAGUGCUUAAUUCGUAUAUUAAAAAAAACAAGAAACAAAAAGAUAAUUUCUUUUUAAUAUAUAGAGACAUCCUUUUUUCAUAAUUAUAUUUACGGUGAAUUUCAGUGUUCCUUUUUUCUUCCCUUUGUCAUGUUUAAGUUUAGUUAAUCUCAUAAGUCAUGAAGUAUACAACUUUCAUGAGUUACUCUUUUAGUACUUUAUAUCAGUUAAAUUGUAUGCCUCUAUAAUGUUGUUGUUAGUGCAUUUUUGCCAUUCUUGUACAACUUUAAAUUUAACUGUUAAGUUGGCAUACUCAGAAAUACAAGUUUAUGUUGUAAUUUCAUUUUUCUUUAAGUAAAGAAAGUCUGCUGUACACUUAUUUGUUAUAAGGAUUCUCGACAGGUUAUUUAGCAGUGUAUAAACGGUUGUUUGCAAUGGAACCCUCGCUGAGCAUUUCGGAUUAUAUCACACCAUAAUUAACAUUUUCCUCACCAUGUUGGCUAUAAAGAUUGUACAAUGUGUUACAUGCUAAAUAAAAUGUAUGUGAUGUAA